CUCAGAAUUGCCGAGCAAAAAAAGCAACCAUGGCGAAUCCUAUUCAAGAGAUUCUGGAGAAACAAGUUCUAACGGUAGCGAAAGCUAUGGAAGAUAAAAUAGACGACGAGAUCGCGUCUUUAGAAAAGCUUGACGAAGACGAUUUAGAGGUUUUGAGAGAGAGAAGGUUAAAGCAAAUGAAGAAAAUGGCAGAGAAGAAGAAACGUUGGAUUAGUCUUGGACAUGGUGAAUACUCUGAGAUCCAUUCUGAGAAAGAUUUCUUCUCCGUCGUUAAAGCCAGUGAACGCGUCGUCUGCCAUUUCUACCGCGAGAAUUGGCCUUGUAAAGUGAUGGAUAAACAUAUGAGUAUAUUGGCGAAGCAACACAUUGAGACACGUUUUGUGAAGAUUCAAGCUGAGAAAAGUCCGUUCUUGGCUGAGAGGCUCAAGAUUGUUGUUCUUCCUACUCUUGCACUUAUUAAGAACACUAAAGUCGAUGAUUAUGUGGUUGGAUUCAAUGAGCUUGGAGGGAAAGAUGAUUUUAGCACAGAGGAUUUGGAAGAGAGAAUAGCCAGAGCACAAGUGAUCCAUUACGAGGGAGAGUCAUCAUCGCUUAAAGUAAAGUCUACUACACAAGUCAGAAGGAACGUGAGGCAGAGUGCUCGUUCAGAUUCAGACUCCGAAUAAAUCCCAAGCUUUUUCAACAAACGUUCGUUGGUAUGUUCAUGAUCCUCACUCUAUCUUCAGCCCUUUUUUGUGUGAGUUUGUUGUAUUGUGCGAAUUCAGUUGUGAUGUGUAAUACAAAGUAGGAGAUGAUCUAAAAUGAAUGCUGACCUUCUAU